UCCGCCCUGUUGCAUGCUCUGUGGCUCAGCGGUUAAGGCAGGUCUCCUGUUCUGUGUGCUUGGCUGUGAUCACCGCUGCUGGGAGCCUUAAGGAGAGCGGGUGAGCACGGAAUCCGCCAUGGAUACAGUGACCUAUGAGGAUGUGCAUGUAAACUUCACUCAUGAAGAGUGGGCUUUGCUGGAUUCUUCCCAGAAGAGUCUCUACAAAGAUGUGAUGCUGGAAACCUACUGGAACCUCACUAUUGUAGGUUACAAAUGGGAACACUGUAAUAUUGAAGAACAUUGUCAGAGCUCUAGAAGAAAUGGAAGGCAUAUCAUCUGUCACUCUCGAUACAAGCCAUGUGAGCAUAAGGGACAUGGAAAGAAGCAUUGUAGUUCUGUCUCUCUUAGAACAACUGGAAGAUAUGUGGUAGUCCCCAAUAUGAGAAGACAUGAUGACUGUGAUACAAGUUUACAAUUAAUUGGUUUUCCAACUUCAGUGGGAAUUCAUCAACAAACUCAUAUUGGAGAAAAACUUUAUGAGUACCAGGAAUAUGGAAAUUCAUCUGUCUCUACUGGUUCACUGUGCACAUGUAGUGUGUCUCACAGUAUAAGAAAAUGUUAUGAAUGCAAUCAGUAUGGUCAGACCCUGAGUUCUUCAAGUUCUCUUCAAAGAUGUGAAAAAGCUCAUGUGGGAAGAGAAAAUAAUAAAUGUGAGUCAUCUACUAAAGGUUUUAGGCUUGACAGGCAUCCUCAAACACACACAAAAAACAGUAAUGAAGAGGAUCUCUAUGAAUGUAAUCAACAGGAUAAAGCCUUUAGAUAUGAUUGCUCUUUAAAAGUACACCAACGAACUCAUUUGGAAGGAAAACCCUAUGAGUAUAAUCAAAGUUAUAAAGCCUUUGAAUGUCACAGUCUUCAUCAAGUGCAUAGAAUUCAAACUAGGGGGAAAAGGUAUGAAUAUCAGAAAUGUGAUAAAGCCUUUGCAUGUCCCACUUAUGUUCAAAUUCAAAGUAGAGGUUAUACUGGAGAGAAAGCUUAUGAAUGUAAUCAAUGUGGUGAAACUUUUGCAUAUAACAGUCAUCUUCUCACUCAUCUAAAAAAUCAUAAUGGAGAAAAAUCCUAUGAAUGUAAUGAAUGUGGUAAAGCCUUUGCACAGAAGAGUAGUCUUCUGAGUCAUGAAAGAAUUCAUACCAGAGAGAAACCCUAUGAAUGUAAUCAGUGUGGUAAAGCCUUUGCAAUGAAAGAUAAUCUUCUUAGUCAUGAAAGAAUUCAUACUGGAGAGAAACCCUAUGAAUGUAAUGAAUGUGGUAAAGCUUUUGCACAGAAGAGUAGUCUUCACAAUCAUGAAAGAAGUCAUAGUGGAGAGAAACCCUAUGAAUGUAAUCAAUGUGAUAAAGCAUUUGCACUGAAGAGGUAUCUUCUCAGGCAUUUAAAAAUCCAUGCUGGAGUGAAACCCUAUGAAUGUAAUCAAUGUGGUAAAACCUUUGCACGGAAGAAUAGUCUUCACAGUCAUGAAAGAAUUCAUACUGGAGAGAAACCCUAUAAAUGUAGUCAAUGUUGUAAAGCCUUUGCAUGGAAGAAUUAUCUUCUCAGUCAUGAAAGAAUUCAUACUAGAGAAAAACCCUAUGAAUGUAAUCAAUGUGGUAAAGCCUUUGUUGAGAAGAGUAGUCUUCACAGUCAUGAAAGAAGUCAUAGUGGAGAGAAACCCUAUGAAUGUAAUGAAUGUGGUAAAGCUUUUUCAGGAAAGAGUAGUCUUCGCAGUCAUGAAAGAAUUCAUACAGGAGAGAAACCCUAUGAAUGUAAUCAGUGUGGUAAAGCCUUUAUACAGAAGUGUAGUCUUCUCCGUCAUGAAAGAAUUCAUACUCGAUUAAAAUUCAUACUGGAGUGAAACCCUAUGAAUAUAAUUAAUGUAAUGAAGCCUUUACAAUGAAGAGUCAUCUUCUUAGUCAUGAUAAAAUUCAUACUGGACAGUACCAUAUGGAUUUAAUCAGUGUGGUAAUUUCAGAUGUGACCUGCCAUGUGGGUGCUGGAAACUGAAGUGUGUUUUCUACAAGAGGUACUUGUUUUGUCUAGCUCUAUAGGGGUCCAGGUCCCCAAGAGACUGAGAAAGGAAGGAGACUGCCAUGAUUUAAGGUUGAAUUAGCUUACUUGCUGCUUUAUUGAAAAACGACUAUACCCUUUAUAACUGAACAUUAGUUUAGACUCAAGCAAGACUGAAAGGAGACUUAAUGAUUCCAUGAUGAAAGCAGCCAUCAACCUCAUCACAGGAUUUUUCUUUAGGCAAAAGCAAUUACUUUAGCAAGUUUUUAAAUGCCUUUCUGGAUGUGAGCACAUUGAUUCCUUUCAUAGUGUGCUUUCAUCCUUGGAACAGGGUGUAUCCAGUUAGUAAAUCAUUAAGUUCUCUAUUUUUGGUGUAAUCAGGGGGACACAAUGGGGCUUCUUGUCUGGGAGUAGGUAUAGUUAUCACACUGUAUGGUUCCAUGGUGAUGGGAAUUUUUUCCAACAAUUUUGUUUAAAGAGACUGCCGUUGUAUAUAUCCCCUUCCUCUAUUGUAGCCUACCAAAAAAUUCUGCAGCAAAAGGAAUAAGGAAACUUCAUAACAUAGUGAGAAUUAUUUAAAUGGAAAGUAAAAAGAUUCUGGAGAAUUAAAAUCUGCAAUGUAGAAAUGCUGGAACUUUGUCAAGCAGAAAUUGUUACCUAGGAGUCCACGCCAGGUACUAAACUGCUAAACCAUCUCUCAUCCCUUUCUAUUUCUUUUAAGAUUUAUUUUAUUAUUGUUGCCUUUGUGAGUGCACAUGCAUAGUAUAGUUUGAAAUCAGAUGAUAGCCUGUGCAACCCAGUCCUCCCUUUCUACCGUUUGGGUCCUAUGGACCAAAGUACAUCCAUCAAUUUUGACUGCAGGCACCUUUACCUGCUGAACCAUGCUACAACAUCCACUGAGCCCUGAUAAUGUUUAUGUUAAUUAUUGUUUUUGGGUUUUGUUUUUAAAACAGGCUCAUCAAGUUCAGGCUGUCCUUCAACUCAUGACCUUUCUCCUUCCACCUCCAGUUACUGGGAUGAUAGGUUCCACUACCAUUCCCUGUUUAUGCAGAAGUCUUGUAUAUGCUGAGCAAUGAGGGCCAUCUGAGAUGAAAACAUUGAUGUAGCCGAGUUGUUUAUGCACUGGUCCACAUGUAACCCUGUCCCCAAAACAAACAAAAAUUGCAAACAAAUAAAAACCUUUGUUAAAAGAAAUUGUGUGUGUGUCUAGAGACAGAGUUUAUCUCAGUUGCCUAGUCUGGUCUGGAACUCACACUAUAGCCCUUGAAUCUUGUCCAUUGGCCUCAGUUGCCUAAGUACAUGGAGAACAUGGCUGGACUUCUGAUUGAGCAAGCCAGAGCACUGAGAGGCUUAACUAUGCAUUUGUGGACACACAGCUAGUAGCCAGAGGUUCAUUUCAAGAUCAGAAUGUUCCUAGGUUAUGAGGAAUAUCAGAAUAUUCCUCAGGUUGGAAUCCAUAACCUUCCUUGAAAUGGAAUGCCAUCAGUUCAGUGUGGAAGGAUGGGAAGAGGCCCAGGAUCUAAUCCUCUUUGGGAUUGAAGUGUCCUGAGAGUCUUAUGUGGGCUACAGCCACAAAUGCAGUGCGAGGCAUUGUUUAUGAAAAGAGAGAUAUACACUACCCAGGCCCACCCUAUCAUGCAUGGUUCAGCUGCAACUUCACUGGCUUCUUUUUUUUUUUGGUUUUUCAAGACAGGGUUUCUCUGUGUAGCUUUGCGCCUUUCCUGGAACUCACUUGGUAGCCCAGGCUGGCCUCGAACUCACAGAGAUCCACCUGCCUCUGCCUCCUGAGUGCUGGGAUUAAAGGCGCGUGCCACCACCGCCCGGCUCACUGGCUUCUUAUAGAGGGUGAGUGAGCAUGCCAGGGCCAGAGCUGUGCCCAGCAGUCCCUGGACAAGGACUAGAAGAAUGAUGAAAAGGAGACUUCCCUCCUGCUCACUGUGGGGGCACACUAAGCUGAGAUUACACAAAACUCAAAAACCACCCAGAUAGCAAGGUAUUGCAAAAUUCUUCCACUUCUCACAUGAGAAGCUCAGGCAUAGAGAAAAGUAGGAGAAUCUGGACUAAUGCAGUUCUGGGUAUUGAUGCACCAAUUGAUUAUUGUAACCACGGUAACAAGUAUGCUGUCCUUACAUAGGCACAGGGAGGUGAAGCCAUUCUCACAAAGUCACAAGGCAGUAAAUGGAUCAUAAGCCAGGAUUCGAACCCAGUUUCCCAUAUGUACCCUUAUAAAGUUUUUAAGAUGGCAUGUAUUUGUUAAUGUAGGGGUGAGGGUAUGUAUGUGUGGAGGCCUGAGGACAACUUAUGUGAACCCAUUUUCUCCUUUAGUCAUGUGGAUCCCAGGGAAGGAUCUCAGGUAGAAAAACAGGCUUGGCAGCAUGUUUCUUUACCCCCAGAAUCGUCUCACAUGCCCUCAGUUGUAUCAUUUUGUGUGUGCUCUUUGUGUGAAUGUGCAUGUAUGGAGGUCACAGGUCAAAGCUGGGCAUCCCAUAAAUUGAUAUUAUACUCCAAGUUGACUUUAUGGGUUAUUGUGUAUGGCAAGGCAACUCCAGACCCUAGAGUUCCCCAAGAUGUACCGACAGGGACCAUAAACAGGGAGGGGAGGCAUGGUUGCUUUCUAUGAAUGGCCAAAUACACAAAAGUAUCUGCUGACCUGUAGGCCAGACAGUGUCUGAUUUCUGUGUAGUAGACAGGGCCUUGAGUCAUUAUAACAUGUGUUUUUCAUUGCAAGGGAUCACAUCCCCAUAAAUUCCUAACUGUAUUAGCCACAUAUUGCUUUAAUUUUCCUAUUUGUCACUCUGGCCCUAUACAUUCAAGCCCUUUUGCAUUUUGUUUUACCUGAGAUCCAGUUCAAAUCCCUAGAAGCUGAAUAUUCCCCUCCUCCAGAGUCCAAUCUGGAUGCCAAGAUUUGAUGAAUAUCAAAGUAUGAUCUGGAAUCCCUUUAAGGGUCACAAAAUAAUUAUUUCUUUGGAUUUUCUCCUCCCCAAAUAUUGAGAAAAUAUGAGGAAUAUUUUUAGCACUUGGGAUAUACAAAUACAAGUUCUGAAUUGGGUCAGCUUGAGUCCUGAAUCUGGGACCCUGUACAAUGUAGCUGAGUGAAGUGGUCCCUGGUUUCUCCCUGGCUCAGGGUGGCUGCUCCUGAAACCCCUGCCCCCUCCAGUGUACAACAUUUGCCAAAAAACCUUUCUGCUAAAGGAGGCUUUGAGGUACAGCAGGCUAUCCUGGCCAGCUCUGAGGAGGAAGAGGCACUGAGAGGCCAAAUGACAGUCUUGCUGCAGAGAAUCUAGUUACUACUGGCUCUAUGGAGCACAGUCAGGUGAUGGGACAUAGAGAAAACAGUCUCUGUACAGAGAGGGAUAGCUUGCUGGAUCCAGCCUGGACAUGGUGCCUCAGGGUCAGGUCCCUACUUCUGCAAUUUAUGACCACUGAAGGUGGGGUUUUGAUUUAGGUGCAGAGGUGUGUAGUUGUGUCUUGCUAUAGAUUCAGUUGAUACACGCUCAGUGCUGCUGAGGACACAGCUCAGCCAUUCAGUUUCCAUCAUUCACCUCUGCAAGCUGAAGCCUGGUUGACCAACUUCUCCAGCCUGCAGGGUGAUGACGAGGACUCCUCCCAGACUGGGAGGUCAGCGUGGGACAUUACCAAUGGUGCUCAGCCAGCCCUAUCACACCAUGUCUCCCUACACUCUUCCUGUGAUUCCCAUUACUCUGCAACACCUCACAUGUUACAACUUCCAAUAUGCCACCUACAUCACAAGUAUCUACCCAGGAGUAUAAGCUCACUGUGAAUGGGUAGAACCAUAACCAGUGUAGAACAUGGGGUGAUGGCAGAAAUGGGGCAGAUUUGCUCAAUAGCCAGUUUGAGCUUCUGGACCCAAAACUCAGUUAUGGCAAUAAACACGAGUACAGUGCAAUAUUUAAAGAAUGCAGGGAAUGUUGUGGCUCAAGAGUAAAGCCCCUUCAUAGAAAAGCCUAUGGUUUUUACUACAGAUAUUUAAAAGGAAAGUCCCAGCCUUCUGGGUUGUGGAGAAGGUAUGGCCAAGGCCAGCAUUGAACUGAUGAAUGCAGAUUAUCAAGGGACAGACAAAGUAACUAUUUGUCAUUGGGAUGAAAGGACCAAGCAGAUGCCAUAACAGGUUGCUCAGUCUUCUCUCAGAGAUCAGGCCUCAAUUUCAGUUUCCUGAGACUUGAGCAAGCAGUUUCUGGGAGGGCCAUGAACAAAAGACUGCUCAAAGUUCAGCCAGAUGUUUACUGUCUGGGGCCCCUCACCAACUUAGAGUUAUGUGCAGUACGUGCUUGGCCAGCCAGCCCCCAUGGUGACUCAAGGACAAAGCCUGGGACUUGUGCUGGACUGCCCCCAAAGUAAUAAAUUGUAACCACCAACCAGUAAAUUCAAAGGUUACAUACCCUCACCCAAUUAAAAGAGAACAGAGAUAAAAAUAAACCAAUCCGAGUUGCACCCAUGCAAAACUCCCCCCACGAAGGGCUUGUGGAUUUUGCCUUUAAAAAGCUAGCCACACAAAGAAAAAGCAAGUUCCUCCUGGCCUCACAACUAUGAGUGAGUGAGUGAGUGCUUUGGAUUGAGCUUCCCUGCCCGCGGCUUGUAAACAAACAGAAAUAAACCAUGCUAUUGCAUUCUGUACCUAAGGUCUGUGGUGGUAAUGUCUUUGGGGUCCCAAUCUGGGCAUAACAGGGAAAUGUCCUGAGUGGGCCUGCUGGAGGCCCCAAUAUCAAAUUUGAUCCAAUCAUUCCCUGUCAGCACCAAGACUUCCAGAGUUAGAUUACAAAAUGCUUUAUGAAUUGAAAUUUUUUAAAUGCACUGGGUAGUGGUGGUGCAUGCCUUUAGUCCCAGCACUUGGGAGGCAGAGGCAGGUUCUGUGAGUUCAAAGCCAACCUGGUUUACAGAGCAAGUUCAAGGACAGGCUCCAAACCUACACAGAGAAACCCUGUGUCAAAAAAC